AGUUGGCUGUGAGUUACGAGCGCCGCCGCAUGGGUUGAGUUACGGCUCAAAUAGUGGCUAGUGAAGUCAAGCGUGAACAGCGGCUCUCAAAGCCUUGACUAAACAGUAUUCCAGUGUUAAAAGCAUCAAAAGAGGCCACCAUGACUGACAGGAAGGCAGUAAUAAAGAACGCUGAUAUGUCUGAGGACAUGCAGCAGGAUGCAGUGGAUUGUGCCACACAGGCUAUGGAGAAGUACAACAUCGAGAAGGACAUUGCUGCAUACAUCAAAAAGGAGUUCGAUAAGAAGUACAAUCCUACAUGGCAUUGUAUUGUGGGACGGAACUUUGGCAGUUACGUGACGCAUGAAACGAAGCAUUUCAUCUACUUUUACUUGGGUCAAGUGGCCAUCCUGCUCUUUAAAUCGGGCUGAGGAACAUCUGACAAUCGUGAAAGCUGGACAGCAAAUCUGGACUGUGAUGCACUGAGGCUUGAGCCGCACACACACACACACACACACACACACACACACAUACACACAUGCUUACAUUCUCUCCCACACAGACAUGAAUUUAGCUAUAGAGGCUGUGCAUAAUUGCAUGGACCGUGUAUAUUAUUUCAUUUGUAUAUGUUGCAAUACAGUAACUUUUUUGCUUUCUGUAGUUGCACGAGAUGACGCAACAAGAUGUUUUUUGGGUUUUUUUGUUAGGUUUUUUUCCAAGUCCAAAUUUAUUUUGCACUGAAGUUGUACAAAAUGCUUUGACCGCUGCCUUUAAAUUAUAUUAAAGAAUGAUAUGUCAUACUUA